GCGGUGCAGAGCUCUUAGACACAGGACAAUAAUGGCGAGCAACCCGGUCGGCGAGUUCAUCACGAAGCUCAUGGCGCCCAAGAGCCAGGGUGAAGAGGAGACUCUAACUCACCUGUCCAAGGUGGCCGAAGGAGCCAAGUGGCGGCUGGAUGAUGACCUACCGGCCCAGAAGAAGGUUGGCUUCCACCGUCACCACCAGUACACGAGUCCUGAGGGAUUCCCGGAGGUGCCACGUCAGUACAUUGUGACCACGCACUCCAAGGAUCAGAACUUCGCCACGUACGCUGCCAACUCGUACUCGUCGGCUAUUGCCAUCCAGGAGGAGAUGAAGACGCGUCAGUUCUAAGCUACAGCUGCAACCUAGUUGCUGUAAGAGGGAUGCAGAAAAAAAGAUGAUAAUACUUUUGAGCAACAGGCAGACACAAAACACAGAAACAAAAUGAAGGAAUCGGUCGAUGGUGUACACUA